AUGUCCCGUCACAGAACUUCUUCAGUCGGUAAGAUCGACCUGGGUGACACCAGAGUGCGUUCAUUCUCCACCUCGAGAACCUCCCAUGAAAGAACAGCCUCAGACUCUAGAAUUGAUGAAUUGUCAAAAUCGUCUAAAACCGAUUUGGAAAUAUUGACCAAGAUUAAAAUUGGCUUUACUGAAUUGAACUAUCGUCAUACUUGGUUAUUGCCCUUCAUCGUCAUGUCUAUCGUUUAUGCUGCUUAUUUCACUUCUGGCAAUUACACCGAGUCUAAUUUCUUGCAUAUGUUUGUAUCAAUUUCAUAUCAAGUUGGUGAUACAAAUCAAUAUGGUAAAGGUCCAAAAGAUUUAGCAUUUAUUUCAUUCUACAUGAUUUUUUUCACUUUUUUCAGAGAAUUUUGUAUGGAGGUUAUAUUACGUCCAUUUGCUAAAAUCGUUGGUGUUAAAAAACCUCAAAAAGUUAAACGUUUUAUGGAACAAUCCUAUUCUGUUAUUUAUUAUGGAAUCUCUGGUCCAUUUGGUCUUUAUGUCAUGUCUCAAACAGACUUAUGGUUAUUUAGAACAGAUACUAUGUAUGCAACUUAUCCAGAUUUAACAAAUGAUUAUCUUUAUAAAUUGUUUUAUUUAGGUCAAGGUGCAUUUUGGGCUCAACAAUCUGUUAUAUUAAUUCUUCAAGUUGAAAAACCAAGAAAAGAUUUUAAAGAAUUGGUAUUGCAUCAUAUUGUUACAAUGAGUUUAAUUUGGUUAUCUUAUGUUUUCCAUUUCACUAAAAUGGGAUUAGCUGUUUAUAUCACAAUGGAUGUUUCAGAUUUCUUUUUAGCCGUUUCAAAAGAUUUAAACUAUUUGGAUUCUCCAUUAGUUGGUCCUUGGUUUGUUUUAUUUGUUGGUGUUUGGAUAUAUUUACGUCAUUAUAUCAAUUUGAAAAUCUUAUGGUCAGUUUUAACUGAAUUUAGAACUGUGGGUGAUUUUAAAUUGAAUUUUGCAACUCAACAAUAUAAAUGUUGGAUCUCAUUACCAAUUGUCUUUGUUUUAAUUGGUGCUUUGCAAUUGGUCAACCUUUAUUGGUUAUUUUUAAUCUUGAGAAUCUUGUAUAGAUUUGUAUUUGGAGGUGUUGCUCAAGAUGAUAGAAGUGAUGAUGAAAGUGAAGAGGAUGAAAAGAAGGAGAAAUAG